AUGGCCCGUAACGCCAACGACCGUACCUCAUUCCAACCUCCAAUGUACCUCUCACCGAACCAGCAAGAUGCAUUUCUUGCCUCCCUCGCCUCAAACCAGAAGAGUGCGGGACUUGGCCUUCAGAACCAGAAUCAGCGCCUGGACCCCAUGCAAUUCAAUUUCGAUGGAGGGUUCGAUCAACCACUCUUUCCGACCGAUGCCUUGGACCAGACUACUUCAUUUGGAGGAGAUCAAGUAAACGACUUCGAUGCCUUCGAGGAUAGCCCGUAUCUCGACGUUAUCGAUGGAACAGAGGGAAGCUACGAUUUCGAUAUCCCCGAAGGGGGUCCGGCAAUGUUCGGCGCCCUCCCGGGAGAUGACUCUCCAACUACGGGACUGUCUAAUUCGGAAAGUCCUCAACCGGAGGGCCACUACUCGGAUAAGAGGAAGAAUAGCGAGGACGCGGAAGAACCUGACGAAGCGAAGCGACGAGAAAGCGACGACAAGGUAUCCAAGAAACCGGGAAGGAAGCCGCUGACUACAGAACCCACAACGAAGCGCAAAGCCCAGAAUCGAGCCGCGCAACGAGCGUUCCGUGAACGGAAGGAAAAGCAUCUUCGAGACCUGGAAACCAAGGUGAACGAGCUAGAGCAGGUGUCCGAAUCCACCAACCACGAGAACGGUUUGCUCCGUGCCCAAGUUACCCGCUUACAGACUGAGUUGCGAGAAUACCGAAAGCGGCUCUCUCUCAAUGCCAGCGGGCUGGGUGCAUCGCCUCCGCUCCGUGGUGGACUAACCGCCUUGUCUACUAGCAAUGGUGCGUCAUCCGACAACACCUUCAGCUUCGACUUCCCCAGGUUCGGUGCCUUGCCGGCCGGUCCGCAGCUCUUCCUCAAAGACAAUGAAAAAGCGAGAUCGACGUCAUCUUCCUUGAAUGGACGUCGCGUUUCGGAUCAUGCAUCGGGCGCGCCGUCGCGGUCCGGCAGUACUGGAAGUAUGAGCCCCGAGAGCCAAACAUCUCCGGCUCAAAAUAGCACAAGCACCAAGGGGACGAGCCGAACCAGCGCCGAUAGCGUUGCCGAUCCAUCCCGCGUCUUCCAAUUCAACAGCUCGGGAUCCAACUCGGCGUCCCCUUCUUCUUCUUCACUCUCUCAAUUCGGCCCCAACUCCUCCUGCGGCACCUCCCCGGAACCAAGCCACAACUCCCCGGAAAAGAACUUAGACAAGGUCAACGGCCAAGGGUACAUCUGCCACGGCGGCUCCGAAGGUGAGGUCACCUUCUGCGAGCAACUCAACAUGGCCUGCGGCAACCCACGCAACCCUGUUCCCCGAUCGAUGUCCCAAUCUAACGCGUCCGCAAAACCCACAGACCUCUCACCCAACCCCACCUCCUCCGCCCGCACCACCCACGUCAACGUCAACGGCAUCGACUGGCUCGCCGACCAGAACGGCGGCCAAUUCGACCCCCUCCUCUUUGGCGAGUACCGCGAGAGCCAGGCCGCCGUCGUCGGCGACGGUGACUUCACCGGCGGCUUCUUCAACGAUGCCUUCCCCAUCGAUCUCAGCAGUCCUUUCGGCACCACCGGCAUCACCCCCGGCCUCCAGUCCGCCACCAAACGCAACCCCAUGGAGGAAAUCGACGCCCUCAACAACGCCGACGACGACGACGAGGUCGUCCCCGGCGAGGACAGGAGCAAGAUGCUCAGCUGCCACUCCAUCUGGGACAAAUUGCAAGACCGCCCCGACUUCAAGGAGGGCAGCUUCGACAUCGACGGGCUGUGCACAGAGCUCCGCGCCAAGGCGCGCUGUUCGGAGAGCGGGGUCGUGGUCGAUCAGAAGGAUGUGGAUGCGGCGUUGCAGCGGUUUCCAGCAAAGAGUCCGGAGCCGUGA